GUUGCCAAAACCAUUUGUCGAAGUUGUGGGAAGAAUAUGAAUAUAUGAUGAGAAAUUAGACCUGGGAUGAGAAAUCAGGCAGGGUUUUUUCUUUGGGUACUUAUUCUUAGGUUUUAUUUAGUGAGGAAGAAUUCUAGGAAGAACGACAAACAAGGCUAGGGUCUCUUGCAAGAAUUGAUUGUCUCCAUAAGUUUAGGUCUGUUAAGGUUUUGAGAGAGGCAGGUAACUUGUAUUCUCUCCAUUAAUUAUAUUCCUCAAGCUUUGGGUAAAAACCUAGAGAGACUUUGUUCUAUUUUUCUACAGUUGAUAGUGAAAGUUGUUUCAAUUUUACUGUAUUGGUUUUCCCUCUUUAAUUGGUGGGUUAUCCACUUAAAAUCCCUUGUAUUUGUGUGCCCUUUUUGGUGUUUGAUUAUUGGCCUCACUUGGAUUUCAUUUAUAUUUUAUGGGCUGGGUAAUAAUCCCAACAGCUUUUAAAUGGUGGUUGAAUGGGUAUGCCAUUGACCAUAGGAUUGGCUUUUCACAUUCCUCUAGCUUGAGCAUUCAUCCUUGAUUGAUAAUGCUGCUUUGGAUUUGUGUUGUUUUCAUUUUAUUUCUAGGUUUCCUGCUAAAAUUUCAAUGGAUCAGAGUUCAGAGGAAAAAUCAGACAUAAGAGAGCCUGAGAUGAGUAGAUAUGUAGAUAAAUCUUAUGAAGAACUGAAGAGUGGGAAUCCUAAAGUAAAAAUCUCAAAUGACAUGUAUGAGUGCCCAUUUUGCCUGGGCAAGAGAAAAAGAGACUAUAUCUAUCAGGAACUCUUGCAACAUGCUACUGAUGUGGGUAAAGAUUGGGCUAGGAAGAAUGUCAAGCACAAGGCAAAACAUCUGGCCUUGGCUAAAUACCUGGAAAGAGAUGUAGGCCCAGAAGAGUUCCCAUUGCAGCCUGUGAGAGUAUCUGAACCUCCAAGAUGCAGUCAUCACAAUGAUAAAUUUGUUUGGCCAUUGACUGGAAUUGUUGUUAAUCUUCCAACUGAGUACAAGGGUGGACAAUAUGUGAGGGAAAGUGCUUCCAAGCUGAGGGAGCAGUUGUCACAGAGAGGAUAUAAUGGCGUGAAGGUCCAUCUUUUGCGGGACAAAGAUUGGCGUCAUUCAGGGUCUGCCUUACUGGUGUUCAACAAAGAUUGGUCUGGGUAUGACGAUGCAAUGGCAUUUGAGAAGUAUUUUGAAGCAGAGUGUGAUUGGCAUGCAUGGAAGCAGCACAAAGGGUCUAGUAUAAAUGCAUGGGUUGCUCGCGAAGAUGACUAUAAUUCUACAAGUAUUAUAGGCAAGCAUCUACGAAAGAUUGGAGAUUUGAAAACCAUUUCGGAUAUUGUGGCAGAUGAAGAAAAUAAAAAGAACAUACUUCUCAACAGUUUAAUUGAGGACAAAGACAGUUGUAUCUCCACACAUAAAAAGAUACAAAAACUGCACCACGAUGAACAGAACCAUAUCCAGAGAAUAUAUCAGUUAGAAAAACAAUUAAAUUAUAAAGAGUUUGAAAUUGAGCGGUUAAAAGGGACAUUAGAAGUUAUGAAACACAAGAGAGAUGAAGAAGAUGCAGAAGUCCAGAAAAAUGUGGAGUCAAUGAAGCGAGAGCUGGACGAUAAAGAAGGAGACUUGGAGGACCUUGAAUCACUCAACCAAGAUCUUAUAGUGAAGGAGCGCAACAGCAAUGAUGAGCUGCAGGAUGCUCGUAGGAAAUUAAUUGAUGGUUUGAAAGAAAUGUCAGGUUGUGCUCAAAUUGGAGUGAAGAGAAUGGGAGAUCUUGACAACAAACCAUUUCUUGAUGCAUGCAGACAGAAAUAUCCGGCUGAAGAAGCGGAGGAAAAGGCUGCAGAUAUGUGUUCACUGUGGGAUGAGCACCUCAGGUACCCAGGGUGGUACCCUUUCAAGAUCAUCAUGGUUGAUGGGAAAGAACAGGAAAUAAUAAAUGAAGAGGAUGAAAAGCUGAAAAGCCUGAAGGAUGAUUUGGGUGAAGAAGUAUACAGGGCAGUUACUGCAGCCCUAAAUGAGAUAAAUGAUUACAAUCCUAGCGGGCGGUACAUCAUAUCUGAGUUAUGGAACUUCAAAGAAUCAAGGAAAGCUACACUAGGAGAAGCAGUUGCAUUUAUACUGAAGCAGUUAAUUGAUGGUUUGAAAGAAAUCAAGCAUUUAAAAGGGAAAUUAGAAGUGACGAAAUACAAGAAAGAUGCAGAGGAUGCGAAAGUCCAGAAAAAGGUGGAGUCAAUGAAGCGGGAGCUGGACGAUAAAGAUGGAGAGUUGAAGGACCUUAAAUCACUCAACCAAAUUCUAAUAGUGAAGGAGCGCAACAGCAAUGAUGAGCUGCAGGAUGCUCGUAGGGAAUUAAUUUAUGGUUUGAAAGAAAUGUUAGGUCGUGCUCAAAUUGGAGUGAAGAGAAUGGGAGUUCUCGACAACAAACUAUUUCUUGAUGCAUGCAGACAUAAAUAUCCUUCUGAAGAAGAAGUGGAAAAGGCUUCAAAUAUCUGUUCAUUGUGGAAUGAGCACCUCAGAAACCCAGGAUGGCACCCUUUCAAGAUCAUUGUGGUUGAUGGGAAAAUACAGGAAAUAAUAGAUGAAGAGGAUGAAAAGCUGAAAAUCCUGAAGAAUGAUUUGGGUGAAGAAGUAUACAGGGCAGUUACUACAGCCCUAAAGGAGAUAAAUGAUUACAAUCCGAGCGGGCGGUACAUAAAAUCUGAGCUAUGGAACUUCAAAGAAGCAAGGAAAGCUACAUUGAAAGAAGGAGUUGCAUAUAUUCUGAAGCAGUUAAGAGUAUAUAAGCACAUGUUGAUCUAAGACUGAUAGAACUGCCUUAUUCCUGCUAAUGAUACCUUUUUGUUUGACCUAAGAAAAUUGGGCAUCUAACAGUCAUCUUCAGCACA